AUGUCACUUCCUGUCUGGUUUCAGAUGCAGUUGGUGGUGUUGUGUUACUUCCUGUCGUCUCUGCUGGGCAGCGACGCGGCGCCGGCAGACGAUGAGGUGACCUUCCUGCCUGGUCUGCAGAAACAGCCGAGUUUCAGACAUUACUCUGGUUACCUGAGUGUGGCCGACGGAAAACACCUGCACUACUGGUUCGUGGAGUCCCAGAACGACCCGGCCUCUGACCCGGUGGUGUUGUGGUUGAACGGCGGCCCCGGCUGCAGCUCUCUGGACGGACUGCUCACCGAACACGGACCCUUCCUUAUUCAGGAUGAUGGAGUGACUUUACAGUACAACCCCUAUUCCUGGAACAAGCUUGUCAACAUGUUGUACCUGGAGUCUCCAGCAGGAGUCGGUUUCUCGUACUCUGAUGAUAAGAAUUACGUGACAAACGACACCGAGGUGUCGAUGAACAACUUCCUGGCUCUGAGGGAAUUCUUCCGUUUGUUCCCAGAGUUCAGUAAGAACGACCUUUUUCUCACCGGAGAGAGUUAUGGAGGAAUCUACAUCCCGACGCUCGCAGAGCGAGUGAUGGAGGACGCCACCCUCAACCUGCAGGGCAUUGCCGUGGGAAACGGUAUGUCGAGUUACGAGAUGAACGAUAACUCUCUGGUGUUCUUCGCCUACUACCACGGCCUGCUGGGAACUGGACUGUGGAGCCGGCUGCAGACGUUUUGCUGCAGCGACGGAACGUGCAACUUUUACAACAACCUGGACCAGAACUGCUCCGCCAGCGUGUCGGAGGUUCAGGACAUAGUCUACAGUUCAGGUCUGAACAUUUACAACCUGUACUCGCCAUGUCCAGGUGGAGUGAAACACAGAGUCAGUGUGGAGCGAGGCGACCUGGUGAUCAGGGAUCUGGGAAACUCGUUCAUCAAUCAUCAGUGGACUCAGCUGUGGAACCAGAAGUUUCGAGCUCUGGCAUCUCGCCACCUGUCCGUCCGUCUGGACCCCCCCUGCACAAACUCCACCCCCUCCUCCCUUUACCUGAACAGUCCGUUUGUCAGAGCCGCGCUGCACAUCCCCCCCGAGGUCCCGGACUGGGUCAUCUGCAGUGCGGAGGUGAAUCUGAACUAUGGUCGUCUGUACCUGGACGUCAGGAAACAGUAUCUGAAGCUUCUCUCUGCUCUGAAGUAUCAGGUCCUGGUGUAUAACGGAGACGUGGACAUGGCGUGUAACUUCAUGGGAGACGAGUGGUUCGUUGAGUCUCUGCAGCAGCAGGUA